AUGGAUUUUGCUGACGGCAAAGAAGUCCCAGCUUCACGAAAUUCGGUAAUUUCCAGGUACCCAAGCAAAAUAGGAAAACCAAGACAGAGAAUAACAGGCAUGGAGCCUGAAAACUCCAAAAAUAGGGAGAAACCCUACGACAGAGUAUUGUCGAUAAAACGACAAGAUGAAGAGAAAAUAAUUGAGUUGUCAAAAAUUAUAACUAAACAACAAGCUGAAUAUGAAUUAUUGAUAAAGACGAUGGGACAACAAAUUAAAUCCCUUGAAGAGAAGAUUAAAAAUUCUGAAGAGAGAGAGACUGGAAAAAAUAAGCUUAUUGGGGCCCUAAAGGAAUAUAAUCAUGAACUAAAAGCCGAAAACGAAUCAUUUGAAAGAAAAAUAGAAGAGAUGGAAAGAAAUCUAACUCCAGAAGGAAGAAAGAAACCAGAGAGACAAUCUUCAGAGGAAGAAGAUAUAUCAACGGACAAACAAGUCCAAGAAGAAUUGGAAAAGAUAAGACGAGAAGAACAAAGAAAACAGACAAAACCGGAGAGAAGGCUACCUCCGAUAAUACUAGUCCCCACUAAUGUAGACAGCACUACGCAAACAGCUAGUGCAAAGGAAAAUCGAUGCCCAGUGUAA